CGCGUGCCCAGCAGCAGCGGGAGAAAGGCCGCGCCGGCAGCUUGCAUGCACGCUCGCGCCGCAGCGGGCACGGCAGCUUCUACUGGGGAGGAAGGAUCAGUGAGAAAACUCUCUCCUACGCCAGGAACUUUACUCCCAGUGCUUCAAGAAUCAACAGUGAUGGCUGUUUUGGAAGGUUUUGUUGGACUGCCAAAUUAUUGGGACUAAAGACCUUUGGAUUACUCACAAUCCUCCUCCUAACCCACACAGCUCACUAAGAAUUGUACCCCACACUCCUUUUUGCUGUGAUUGGUAGUGGUGACUGGGAAGAUGGCAUCCAGCCUCACGAGUACCGGAGUGAUAUGGGCAUUUUUUUCCUUCCUCUGUGCCGGAGUCUCCUGUGUGGGCUUCUUCAUGCCUUACUGGCUGCUGGGAUCCCAGCUGGAGAAAUCAGUGUCCUUUGGCACUUUCCGGAGAUGUUCCUAUCCAGUGCUGGACGAGAGCCGCCAGAUCACGGUGAUGGUGGAGCAGUGCGGACGCUAUGCAUCAUUCCAGGCCAUCCCGAGCGUGGAAUGGCGGAUCUGCACAGUGGUGACAGGGCUGGGCUGUGGUCUUCUUCUCCUGGUGGCCCUCACGGCACUCAUGGGCUGCUGCGUAUCUGAGCUGAUCUCCAGGACUGUGGGGAGAGUGGCUGGAGGCCUUCAGUUCUUGGGCGGCUUGUUAAUUGGUUCUGGCUGUGCUCUGUAUCCACUGGGCUGGGACAGUGAAGAAGUCAGGCAGACCUGUGGUAACCUCUCCAAUCAAUUUGAACUGGGCACCUGUGAAAUUGGCUGGGCUUACUACUGCACUGGAGGCGGAGCUGCUGCAGCCAUGCUGAUUUGUACCUGGCUGGCCUGUUUCUCCGGCAAAAAACAAAAGCAGUAUCCUUACUGAGGCCAGAAAGACCCUGAACAAAGUGAACCAUUUUGGGGGGAGGGCGGGGUCCAAAAAAUGAGUAUGUAUGCCUUUCCUGGAAGGGUACUGUAUCUCUUCAUUGUGCUAGGUCAACCCCAACAAGAGUCAAUGAAGAUGGAUGUGUGAUGCUGUGAAUACUGGGUGUUCUUUUUCUCUUAGGGAUGUAAGCCAAGAAUCCUGUGGGGCUUAGGGUUUAACAACGUUAUACCAAGCCUAUUGUGGAAUAGCAAAACUACAAGUAUCCAUUAUCUGGGAGGGGGAAACGAAUGGCAACUGUCAGUUGAAAAGGGCAGGAAAAUUCCCUGCAGGAGGACAAGGAUUCUGUCACAUGUGAGCAAACUGGACUUAAAGAGGGCAUUUCUUUGCUGUUGGGUUACUCCCUUGGAUGUGAAUAGUUGCGGAUCUUCCUAAAGUAGCAGCUGCAGCAGCUGCCCUGUGUGUGAGAGAGUACCUAUUUCAAGGCCUUAAGAGUAUUAGCCAUUAGAGGCUCCCCAACCUGUUUGGAGUUUGAUUUAGUGAACUUGAGCGUGAAAGAAGCGAAAGUUCUCUUUUACAAGACUCCUGAAAGCACAUCUGCUUACCUUUGCACAGACACUUUUCUACAUACAGACACACAGCAAACGGUCACCUCAAAGAUGCAUUUGUUCAAAAAUGUACCAGCCUCCAAACAGCUUAACAGGCCUGUCUGUGUGCCAGAGUGUAGCCUGAGAAGUUUGCCGAGCAGGACAUUGUUAAUUGGGCAAACGGCCAAAACUGGCAUUGUCUUUCCACUUCACCUGUAAAGCACAGAGCUCCACAUCCGUCUUUUUUUCUCUCUUUGCAAAUGCAGACACCCAACACACCUUCCUUUUAGACUUGUUCAGCAGCUAGGAUCCAUCUACACCUUACAAACACACCAAGGUCAUGAAAGCCCAACGAGGGGCAGGGGCGGUCUUGAAAAGCUACUUUUGGUUGAGCAACUGGCAGUGGGAAAAUGGCAGGCAGGGAAAGAGUUCAGGAUUGUGCCACCUCACCUCACCAUUCCUAAGUGCCCCCCUGACAAAAAAGGUUUUCCAACCAAAAAACAGGAGUGGUGCUACCUUAUACACAUUGGUGUGAAAUGUGCACAUUAGGGCUGCCUUACUCUUUCUUCACAUGCUAUAUCACAUUCAUGCCACAUACCUUUUUUUUCAUUCACAGAUGAAAAUGUAUGUACAUCUUUUUCCCAUGUAUACAGGCAAUCCCUCCCUCCGAACACCUGCUUUUGGCACAAUGCACACACACAUCUCCACCUCCUUCCCCUUCAGGCAUGUUUUAUUUUACUGUCUCUUCCCUGCUCCACCAAUUCAGGCUCCUCUGUCCCCUUUCCAUCCCAAGCAGGGGUGGGGAACCUCAGGGCGGGGAGGCCAGUGGCCUUCACAUGAUCACAGCCCCACCUUUUUUCUCCAGGCCACUAAUCCUUUGGUGAUAUCCUGGCUUUUGGGUAGUUCCCCCCAUUCUAGAAAGCUGAGAUGUCUCUCCUACAGCUUAUUUAUAAGCAGUAAGAACUUGAAGCUGCAAUAAUAAUAAUAAUAAUAAUAAUAAUAAUAAUAAUAAUAAUAAUGGACUGGUAUUUUAUUACAAUCAAUAGUGUAAUUUUGGUCCUGCUGCUUUGCCACCCACAACAUGGCCCCCAGGACCUUCUCCAGCAUUUUCUGAAAGAGGUUCCUCACUCAUGCUCAGGAGGAUGCAGAGACAAAUACAUUCUGCUUCACAUUCCCUUCCUUCCUCCACAGGGGGUCUUCAAAGAUUUCACCCAAAGCAGCCACAGAGGAAAUGCAAGUAACUCCCUUUCUCCUUAGCUACUUCUAAAUCUUCCAUGAGGGAGAGAGAUGUGCAUUGUCCACAAGUUAAUGCUCUCUUUUGCAUGCACACCUUAUCAUUAUACAAGUCCAAGAAAAGGCAACAAAGGACAUGUCAUUCCUGGUUAUUCAGUCCAUUUUGUUUAUUUGAGACCACUACAACUCCCAUUUAUUCUAUUAAUGCUGCAGGUGAUAGCAACUCAUACAUGUGGAGCAGAGCAGUUGCAAUGAAUACUGUGCAAUUUUUUUUUCAUUUUUCCUAGAUUAUUUUAAUUUCAGUAUUAUGCUACAUUUUAAACUAAACACCUAAUGGACUAAUGGGCCAUUUUUUCCAGUAUUUUAUAUAAUCCAUGUACAUGUGUUCUCAAGUUUUAUUAACAGCCUUUUCAGACAUAUAUAAUUUUAUAUUAACCUCAAUGUUUUCAGGAUAAUUACAAAAAUGCAAUACUUUACUCAGCAUAUGUAGCCUAGAUAGCAUAUUCCUUUGAAGAGCAGUAAAAGGACAGUUCUGUCCAAUUGUGUGUGUCUGGCACAGUAGACUAUUACUACUUAUGCAAGAGCAAUGACAAACAUCUUCCAAGUUUUGUUACUAAUACCGUUAGGUAAUUAUUGUUGUAUUGUGCUGCAUUAUUUUAAUAUUCAUCUUUGUAAUGUAAUAUAAAAUGUACUAUGUUUGUACUUUAGAAUCUGUGUAAAUAAAUGUCUUAUCUAUGCUACA